AUGUAUUUCGGAUCGUUUAAUGUAUCUUUAUUGGAAGAGCUGUCCAUUGGCGUUUUGGCCAUCAAAUUUAGGCCAGAGCACCUUGUUGAACUAAGAUUACCUGGUAGCAACAUUGAACAACUUUGGAAUGGAAUGCAGAAUCUUGUGAAUUUAAGAGUAAUUGACCUCAAUGGAUGCAAGAAUUUGCUCACAAUCCCUGAUCUUUCUCGAGCCAUAAAUGUCAAAAGGUUGAGUGUAAGUUACUGCAAACGCUUGGUUCAACUUCCGUUCAUGACUCACAUGAAAUCUCUUCACUGCAACCUAUUUGCUAGUUGUUCUGCUAAUCUCAAGAAAUUCCCUGAGCUCCCACUGCAUAUGACAUGCUUGGUUUUAGCUACGACAGCCAUCGAGGAACUGCCUGAGACCACCAAGUAUCUUGACCAACUUGUGCAUUUGGAUUUAAGUUUCUCACAGGUUAAACAUCUUCCCAGCACUAUUUGGAGCAGUCUCAAUAAACUUGCUUAUUUAAACAUGAGUGGAACAAGGAUUCAAAAUCUUCCGAGCACCAUUCUUAAGUCUGAUGCCCUGGAAACUAUCUACCUCUCUUAUUGCCCAAAUAUCACCAGGUUUCCAAACGUUCCAGAGAACAUAAAAUACUUAUAUUUGGCCAACAUUCCAAUAGAAGAAGUGCCAUCAUCAGCUGAAAGGCUUAAAAAUCUUCACGAGUUGAGAAUGACAAACUGCAAAAGGCUGAAAAACUUCUCAGCUAGCAUUUUGGAUGAUAUAAGGAACCUGAGUGUCCGUAGCGGCUUUUGCAAUUUGGGCUCCUUGACAACUCUAGAUGUAAGUGAGUCAAAUAUAAUGGAAAUUCCUGUGAGCAUCAAACAACUUUAUAAUCUCUAUUAUCUUUAUUUAAGGGAUUGCAAGUGUCUUAAAUCGUUGAUAGAGCUUCCACCUCUUCUGCUACAAUUAGAUGCACAUGGCUGCACUUCAUUAGAAAGGGUAUCGAUCACACAACAGUUUCGACACACAUUUUGUGAAGACAACGUUCGCUUCGACAAAAUGCGAUUCGCUAAUUGCUUCAACUUGUACCGAGAUGCAGUCGACAACAUUCUGGCUAACGCACUGCUCAAAAUUCACUGCAUGGCCAAGGAACGGGCAAAGGGAUGCUACGAAGGAGCAAUUCAUCAUUAUCUGGAUAUAGUUGUUGCUUGGUCUAAAACUUCGGAAAGGUUCGAGUAUCAAAGCACGAAUUCUUCAAUAACUAUCAAGCUGUCUCCAGAUUGCAAGAGCGAUAGAAUCUUGGGUUUUGCUCCAUGUGUUGUGGUUGAUUGCGACAACAAUCAUGAAAACAUGGACACUCGAAUUUUCUGUAAAUUUCGGUUAAAAACCAAAUGGGGCGAUUACCAUAAUUUCGAAAGUGAAUGGGUUUCUCGGAUGUAUAAUUAUGGGCCUAAAUGCUUUGAGUCGAAUCACAUGAUCAUUUGGUUUCAUGGCAGUAUGCUUCAAGAAGACAAGCAUUACGAGGAAGCCUCGUUUGAAUUCUACAUAACAGAUGAAUGUUGUGGGAACACUCUAGAAUAUAUCAAGGUGGAGAAAUGUGGUGUACAUGUGUUCUAUGUGGAUGCAGAAAGAUGUACUCCUGGCUCUGCUUUCAAAUCCAGCAAAAUUUUCAGCUUUAAAUGA